AUAAUGUUACAUGUGUAAAUACAAUAAAGAAUAUUCAUUCAUUCACUCAUAACAUCUAUAAUACUAUCAACAUACUAACUGAAUAAGAAAAAUGAGCGAGAACAUAUUUUGUUUAUUAUGUUUUUCGUUUUCAAAAAUUACUUACGAUAUAAAUCGUACUCAUUUAAAAAAUGUUUAUGAAGAGCUAUCAGAGACAAAGACACAAGCUGAGUCUCAUCCUCUCUGCUACAUUUGUUAUGCAAAGCUUCUAAGGUGGGAACAGUUGAUUAAAACUGUGCAGCGACACAACACUGCAAAUCAGGCCCAAGUGAGACCAUUACUACAAUUAAGUGUGAAUACUGACAGAUGGUCGACUACUGGAUGGACAGAAUCUGAGAAAAUUGAAAUUGAAAUAGAUAUCAAGGAGGAAUAUAUUAAGGAGGAAUAUGUAGAGAGCCCAGAUCAUAAUCAAGAUGCAAAUGCUAUAGAUCCAGGUGAAGACCACCACAUCUCCACAGCGCCGCGAAAACAAAAUCAUUGUAGCGAGACAUUCACUCAAAUUUGGAGCUACCAAGGAAACAAAAAAAAAAACACAGGCGCAAGGCCUUUCAGUUGUGACGUUUGUAGUAAAUCAUUUAUACUGAAAAGCCACUUGAACUCACACAAACUAACACAUACUGGCGAAAAACCUUUCAGUUGUGAUGUUUGUAGUAAAACAUUCACUCAGCUGGGUCACUUAAUCAGGCACAAACUAAUACAUACUGGCGAAAAACCUUACAGCUGUGACAUUUGUAAUAAAAGGUUUACUCAAAGCAGUGGCCUAAAAUCACACAAAGUAAGUCACACAGGUGAAAAAUCUUACAGUUGUGAUGUUUGUGGUAGGAAGUUCGGAAGAUUAAUGAAUCUAAAAUAUCAUAUAAAAGCGUUACACACAAAUUUCAAUCCUGACAAACCUCACGGUUGCGAUGUUUGUGGCAUGAAGUUUACACAUUUAAGUAAGUUAAAACGACAUCAAAUAAUACACUCGGGCAACAAAGCUUACACCUGUGAUGAAUGUGGCAGAAAAUUUUCUCGAUUCAAUAUUUUAAAAAGUCAUCUACAAACACAUUCUAGCGAAAAACCUUACGGCUGCGAUGCAUGUACCAAUACAUAUAAAAGAAAAAAUGAUUUAAUUAAGCACAAUAUACUGAAGCACAGUGCCAAAAGCACAGAGUCUCUAACAGACAACAAAUCAACCAGUGACGAUGGUUUCAAUUCCAAAAAACGUCACGCUUGCGAUGUUUGUAGCAUGAGGUUUACUCAUUUAAGUAAGUUGAAAAAACAUCAAAUUAGGCAUUCCGGUAUCAAAGCUUACAGUUGUGAUGAAUGUGGCAAAAAAUUUUCUCAUUCAGAUAUUUUAAAAAGACAUCACUUAACACACUCCAACGUCAAGCCAUUCAUCUGUGAAGUUUGUCCGAAAGCAUAUAAAAGAAAAGAUGAUUUAAUUAAACACAAACUUAAGCACAAAACUUAAUGACUCAUGACUCAUGAGUCAUGAGUCAUGACUAUAUUUGUAAGUUGUAGAUGUUUGUUAGAAAAACCGAAUGACACGUGUUAAACCACCAGCACGCAAAGUAGCAUGGUCACCAUAGAAACGGUUUCUUUCUACGGAAGAAUCGA